CCGGAAGUAAAAUUUCAAAGUUUUCUGUAUGCACAUUUCUCCUGCUAACUGCCUAUAGAUCGGCUAUAGGUAAAACCUUCAACUUGCAUUUUGACUGAUAACUUACUCUACCGAGCUGACAGAAGUCUUUUGAGCCAGCUGUGUUCAGUAAACAUAGACCUACAUGUAUGGCAGAUUUUAGCAGUAGCGUCAGUGGAGGGAGGAUGGAGGGAGUACAGCUAAGAAGUGAAUCAGAGGACAUCACCUCUGCAGAUGUUACCACUGAUGCUAGGAGGAACCUACAGUCAGAUGAUGAUGAAGAAGAUGAUUUUCAGACAUACAUGAGUGUUGUAUGGCAGGGAGGCAAGGUAGGAAUAGCCUACUAUGAUAUUGAUACAACAUGCUUCUACAUGAUGAUGGACACUGUUGAAACAAUGGACUUCCACAUCAUUUCCAAAGUGUUUGAGCAAGUGAAACCAAUGUGUAUUGUUACAACUGCUAAACAAGAUGAGGGACUCCUAGCUAAGCUAAAGUCAUUAGGUGGAAAAGGGCCAGAAAUUGAUGAUUUUGUGCAGCUUCUUCCAACAUUAGAUUUUUCAUUAGAAGUUAGCAAACGGAGAAUUUUAUCCAUGAACUUACCUAGUAUUCCAAACCACUUCACAGAGAGUGAGCGAACCCUUCACAUGUCUUCCCUUGUGCCCUUUGACAACAUCUGCAUGGUGCGAGCUGUAGGCGGUCUGCUGAAGUUCCUUGACAAGAAGCGUGUGGGGAUAGAACUUGAGUCAACAGAGACUAGAGUCCCUAUCUUGGCCAUGAGGACAUUCUCCCUUGAGUGUCUGAUGAUUGUGGAUGAUGCAUCAUACAGCGCACUACAGAUCUUUCAACAAAGGAAUCACCCUUCAGGUUACAAGUCUGGUGCCUCAAGUGGAAAGGAAGGCCUUAGCCUGUUCCGCAUCAUGAACAGAUGCAAGUCUAUCAUAGGAUCCAAGAUGUUGAGGCAAUGGUUCAUGCAGCCAUUGAAGGACAUGGCCAAGUUGGAACAAAGGCAAGAUGCAGUUGCUUUCUUUGCUAACCCUAGAAAUAUAGAAGUGACAUCAACUCUGGAAGACUGCCUAAAGCAUGUCAAACACAUCCCUAGAAUCUUGGCAAGAAUGACAUCAUCACAAGCAACCAUAGCCCAAUGGCAAGCACUCUAUAAGACUGCAUACAAUGCCACCUAUAUUGGUGAUGUGUGUAGGCAGCAGAAGGUCAGGUUAGAAGUAUUUAGGAAAAUAGGUGAGAAAUUCACUGAAGACCUACACAGAAUUGCUGAUCUUAUUCAUAGGAUCGUAGAUGUGGAAGAGUCCACCAUACAGAACAAGUUUGUUGUGAAACAGAAUGUUGAUCCUGACCUUGAUGAAAAGAAACGAACAUACAAUGGUUUACCUGAUUUCAUGACCAAAGUGGCCCAGAGUGAGUUGAAUCAACUUGGGGAGGAAAUAACUGAAUGUAAUGUCAUCUACCUGCCACAACUAGGCUAUCUGUUGGCAAUACCACUAUGUGACAGUAUCCGAGAAGAAGAUAAUUACAACAUUCCAAAUCUGGAAUUUGUGUUUAUGUCCAGCAAUAUGGUGCAUUAUAAAAGUGAAAGUACUAAAGAACUGGAUCUUUUAUUGGGAGACGUGCAAUGUGAAAUAGCAGACCAAGAGACCGUCAUCAUGCACAGACUGCAAAAUACAAUUCUUGAGCACUCCCAGGUUUUGCUAGAUGUCAUGGAUUGUGCUGCUGAACUUGACUGUCUGAUUACUUUAGCUAAUUGUGCCAGGGAAUAUAACUACACAAGACCUCAGUUGACCCAGGACAACAUCAUACAUGUUACUGCAGGCAGGCACCCCCUUCAAGAGUUGUGCUGCAGUCCUUUUGUACCCAAUGAGACAUACAGUGAUGAACAUGUAGGUAGGAUGAAGGUACUCACAGGACCCAAUGCAAGUGGCAAGAGCAUUUAUCUAAAACAGGUUGCAUUGAUUGUUUUCAUGGCUCAGAUUGGGAGCUUUAUUCCUGCAGAAUCUGCCGUUGUUGGACUAAUGGACAGGUUGUUUACACGUAUCCGUACCCUAGAGACAGUCUCAGCCGGCCUCUCCACAUUCAUGAUGGACCUCUCUCAGGUGUCAAGUGCUGUCAAUAAUGCAACAGAGAGAUCUCUUGUGAUUCUUGAUGAAUUUGGAAAAGGCACAGAAAGUUCAGAUGGUAUUGCUCUGCUGUGUGCUACAUUGAAACAAUGGCUGUCAUCUGGAACUAGAUGUCCUCAUGUGUUUGUCUCCACACAUUUUCAUGCACUGGUAACCAAGUCAAUGCUACCCAAGUCUACUCAUCUCAAAUUUCAGACAAUGGAGGUGAUAGAGGAUGGCAAUACAUUGGUAUUUCUUUACCAGCUGAUAGAUGGCAGCACCAGUCAUAGCUAUGCCUCUCAUAUUGCAGAAGCUUCUGGACUGCCCUCUGCAAUCAUAAAACGUGGAAAACAGGUGUGUGAAUGCCUAGGUGAGAAUAAAUUGGUGAACAGAGUUGGGACAUCCAAGUCUGAGAGUGCAUUUAUCAAGUACAAGGCUAUAGUAGACAGCUUUCUCAAAGUUGAUUUGGAUAAAGAUGAUCUUGUGGAAUAUUUGGAGUCACUUAAACAACACAUUGACAAGAACUGAACAAGUGAAGUGAAUCACUUCCCUCUACUAAAUGUGUGCUACAGAUAUUGUUAUCCGACAGCUGCUGACAGUGAAUGGUUACAUCCAGGUUGUAGAAAUAAAGUGGAUCAUAAGAUAUGAAAAUAUAUUAGGAUAUGUACUGUAUUGAAAUCUAUAAAUUAUUUACAGUAGCAUACCACAAAAACAAUAUUGCUAUGAACAUGAUGGAUUUUAUGAAAUUAUUGUUAAUAUAUUUAAUACAAUAAUUGAAAUAAAU